CUCUGAAGCAAAUUGUUCAAGUAUCGCUAAUCUGCUGUCUAUGUCUUGUGCCAUGUAUGCUUGUACUUCUCUUGGUUAUAUCAAAUUGGUUUUUCAGUUACAUGGGCUUGGGGAGAAAAAUGAUUUUGGAAAUGAUACAUCAAUUGAAACGUCGGUUAUUGAUCUGUAUAUUAAGAGUGGUGUGGGUAGCUGUGCGGAGCAAGUAUUUUUUAGGAUCCAGAAUCCAAAAUUGUUUUGCUUGAACAGUAUGAUUUACAGUUAUUUAAAUUUUAUGGGGUUGGAACGACUCUUGACAUGUUCAACCGAAUGCCAAAACGUGACAAUGUUUCUCGGAACAAAAUUAUUUCAAUCUUGUCCAAGCAGGGAUUUGAAGUUCCAAUUUUUAGUAUGUUAUUUGAGAUGUGGACUCGAGGUUUUAGACUCAAAUCUGUACGUGCACAAGCAUUUGUGAUCUGGAAUGGGGUACCAAUUUGCAGGCACGAAUUGCAAAAACAGAACCCUUUGUUGAUGUUUAUGUGGGUAAUGGUCUGAUUGAUAUGAAUUUGAAAAUGUGGAAAUUUAGAGUGUGCUAGGCGGGCAUUUAACAGAGCAUAAUUCAGUUACAUGGACUUCUUUGAUUGGUGGAGCUGCAUUUACAAUGGAGACCGGAAUGAAUUCUUAUUAUAGUAACACUAUUAUAAACUUGACAAAUUAAGGAAACAGGGAAAUUACAUGAAAAAGUCAAAAAGAGCUCGGAAGAUACGGGUCUGAAACUAAAAUUUUGCAAGCUCUUGGACACCGUUCCUCCGCUGCAUGCAUAAGUAACGUUGGAAGGAAUACUGAAAAUUAGAAAGAGAGAUGGAGAAUAGCAGCGAGCAAAUGGCAAGAAAGACAGACAACGAGGAUAAGAAUAAGGAGGGGUUGCCUCUAGAGAGCAGUCCUUACUUGAAAUACAGCGACUUGGAGGACUACAAACGCCAAGCUUAUGGCACCGAGGGACACCAAGAAGUGAAGCCUAAUCAACGUGGUGGCGGCACUGAUGCUCCCACCCUUUCUGAAGCCAGCCUCCCUGAUGGAAAACCACAAGUUUCUUGACUUUUUUUUUUUUUUCUCAUUAAGUCUCCUGGCUUUCAACUUCAUAUAUACAUGUUACUUGAAUUUUAUUGUUUUUCUUUCUUAUAUCGUAUAAUUCAACAAUUAGCAUAGGAAAGUUAUAUUUCAUUAAAAGUUGGAUGGAACUUUGUAUAUUUGGAUUUGGAUUUUAUAUACAUGAA